UGAUGAAUGGCCCACCUUUUUCAUUUGUGUGAUGCAAUGGCACUCGUUGUCAUGGUUACACUAUUUGGGAUUAUACUCUCAACAGAGGGUAAGUGGAAUUUUUAUUAAAUAAUAUUUCUUCAUUAUUUUUAAGUUAAAAAAACUACCAAAAAAACAAAAAAAAAACAAAGCGAAACAAAACAAUUAAAUACUGCUUUAAUGGACCAGUUUGUUUUUCAUUCUCUCUUUUGGCGUAUUCAAAAUGGGCUUGAAUGAAACUUACAAAUCGAUGUUUGCUGUUGGCACAAUCACAAACAAAUGGAAGGUGGCCAUGAGAGUGGAUCCCUGACAGUGGGUCCCUGAGAGGGGGUCCCUGAGGGUGGGUCCUUAAGAGUUGGGUCCUGAGAGUGCGGCCCUGAGAGUUGGGUCCUGAGAGUGGGGCCCUGAAAGUUGGGUCACGAGAGUGGGGCCCCGAGAGUGGGAAAAUUAGCCAACAAUAAACAGCGGUCAUUAAACAAAACAAAAACUUAAUUCUAAACUGAAGGGAGGGAGGUGUGCUGAGGUGGAAGGGUGCUGAGGUGGAAGGGUGCUGAGGUGGAAGGGUGCUGAGGUGGAAGGGUGCUUAGGUGGAAGGGGUGCUGAGGUGGAAGGGUGCUGAGGUGGAAGGGUGCUGGGGUGGAAGGGGUGCUGGGGUGGAAGGGUGCUGAGGUGGAAGGGUGCUGAGGUGGAAGGGUGCUGAGGUGGAAGGGUGCUGAGGUGGAAGGGGUGUUGAGGUGGAAGGCGGAAAAGAGAAGCCUAAACAGAGCCGUUCUUAGGAGUUUUGAGGCCCUAAGCAUGGAGCGUAGGUUGGGGGCCCCGGAAGUGGCGUCCGGGGGUGGAGCUCCCUCGAGCUGAGGAGAAAACACCACCCACCACUACUGCGGCACCUCCAUUCUGCCUUCAUCAAUGUUUCCUCUUUGCUCGCGUGUAACCACUAAUCAUAUCGAUAAUUCCGCCACUAGAGAAGAUUUGGACUUCUGAAAUAUAUGGACAUGCAGGUGGUAGUGGGGCCCGAAUUCAACUCAGAAUAAUAAAUUUCAGGAUGAGGAAGGAAACGUGAGUGACAUAGACGGCUGCAGUGGCAGUUAAAAAAAAACCGGGGGAUCGAGGGCGCCUCACCAGGGGGGGGGGGGUUAGGGGCCCCCACGUUCGGGGCCCUACGCGGAUGCGUAGUCAGCGUAUGCCUAAGAACGGGCCCGGCCUAAAAAUGACNCGGCUGCAGUGGCAGUUAAAAAAAAACCGGGGGAUCGAGGGCGCCUCACCAGGGGGGGGGGGGUUAGGGGCCCUCACGUUCGGGGCCCUACGCGGAUGCGUAGUCAGCGUAUGCCUAAGAACGGGCCUGGCCUAAAAAUGACGACUCGGCACACCCUGUCCAGAAACAUACCAACGCCUAAUACAACGGCUAUGACUCCACCACCCGGGGCCGCCCCUACGGUUGGUUGAUGGCGCCCGGGGCCGCCCCUACGGUUGGUUGAUGGCGCCCGGGGCCGGCCCUACGGUUGGUUGAUGGCGCCCGGGGCCGGCCCUACGGUUGGUUGAUGGCGCCCGGGGCUGGCCCUACGGUUGGUUGAUGGCGCCCGGGGCCGGCCCUAUGGUUGGUUGAUGGCGCCAGGGGCCGCCCCUACGGUUAGUUGAUGGCGCCCGGGGCCGGCCCUAUGGUUGGUUGAUGGCGCCAGGGUCGGCCCUACGGUUGGUUGAUGACGCCCCGGGCCCGGCCUAACGUUCUUAUGAUCAUAAACAUUUGUGUAAGGGAAUAAAACUAGGGGUUAGGCAAUGAGCUUGUUACCUAGGUUGAUGUUUUUAACAAACAAUGAACGAUAAUAUGGUUUUUCUUAACUUGUAAUUUGGACGGUAUGAACAAUCAGCCAAGAGAUGACUCUCCCCCCCCCCCCCCGCCCUUAGAUCAGCAAAUCUUUUUACUGCACUUUCUAUUUUUCCUCCAUGGCGCCCACAUGCAAUGCCUUUUUAUAUUUUGGAAGAACGCUGAUGGAGCCCUAAGCACAGCCGCGCCCCGGGAAACCGCUCAGGUUGCCGUUUACGUUUAGCCGCCACUGACUCCACCCUGGAUAUUAGAUUAUGAAUCCACCAUGGUUGUGAGUUUAUGACUCCACCAUAGAUAUCAGAUUAUGAAUCCACCAUAGAUGUGAGUUUAUGAAUCCACAAUGGAUUUGAGUUUAUGACUCAACCAUGGAUAUGAGAUUAUGAAUCCACAGUGGAUGUGAGAUUAUGAAUCCACCAUGGAUAUGAGAUUAUGAAUCCACCAUGGAGGUGAGUUUAUGAAUCCACAAUGAAUGGGAGUUUAUGAAUCCAUCAUGGAUGUGAAAUUAUGAAUCAACCAUGGAUAUGAGAUCACGAAUCUACCAUGGAUGUGAGAUUAUGAAUCCACCAUGGAUAUGAGAUUAUGAAUCAACGAUUGAUAUGAGAUUAUGAAUCCACCAUGGAUAUGAGAUCAUGAAUCCACAAUGGAUCCACAAUGGAUACGAGAUUAUGAAUCCACCAUGGAUGUAACAUCACCAUGAACAUGACGCCCACAUGGAUAUGACUCCACCGUGUAUGUGCCUCCAGACACUGCCAUAUAAUGAUGUAAAUAACCAAUGUAGACCUACGGAAAUGGUCCAGAUUUAAGUGGUCCAAAUUCACACGUUAAUCGGUACGACCGUACCCAUCUGAAACGUAAUUGGAAUCCCUGGAGUUAAAAGAUUUUCUCUCGCCGAUGCAUGGUUAUUUAAACACAACUGACAAGCUCUUUAAACACAAAAAUUAACCAAUUCCCAUUUCACCCUCUCAACAGCCAGCCCUUGUGAUGGUACGCCAGAAAGAAUCGGAGUAAGCUUCACGCCGAACAAGCUGUUCUCUCCUAACUACCCUGAACCGUACACCAAGUAAGCAUAAAAACAUAGGAUCGGACCGGGUGGGGGUUAGUACAUAACUUUGGAGACUGCAUCAUGUAAGAACAAAAGCAAAGUCAGGCUUGGACACUGCAUCACGUAAGUGUAAAAACGUUGACACGUUACGACAAGGCUUAUAUUGUAGUGGGAAACACAAGUGGAUUCACAUUCUUUGACUGUAUAUAAUGCACCCACGCCCCCUUUUUAAUACUCUGAGAUCACAUAUCAAGCCACAAAUCGGGCCAUAUAUCAGACCACAUAUCAGGCUCCAUAUCAGAUCACGUAUCAGAUCACAUAUUAUCAGGCCACGUAUCAGACCACAAAUCAGACCACGUAUCAGGCCACAUAUCAGACCACAUAUCAGACCACGUAUCAGACCACGUAUCAGGCCACGUAUCAGGCCACAUAUCAGACCACAGAUCAGACCACGUAUCAGGCCACGUAUCAGACCACAUAUCAGACCACAGAUCAGACCACGUAUCAGGCCACAUAUCAGACCACAUAUCAGACCACGUAUCAGACCACGUAUCAGGCCACGUAUCAGGCCGCAUAUCAGACCACAUAUCAGACCACAUAUCAGACCACAGAUCAGACCACGUAUCAGACCACGUAUCAGACCACGUAUCAGGCCACGUAUCAGGCCACAUAUCAGACCACAUAUCAGACCACAUAUCAGACCACAGAUCAGACCACGUAUCAGAUCACGUAUCAGACCACAUAUCAGACCACGUAUCAGGCCACGUAUCAGGCCACAUAUCAGACCACAUAUCAGACCACAUAUCAGGCCACAUAUCAGACCACAGAUCAGACCACAGAUCAGACCACGUAUCAGAUCACGUAUCAGGCCACGUAUCAGGCCACAUAUCAGACCACAUAUCAGACCACAGAUCAGGCCACAGAUCAGACCACGUAUCAGACCACGUAUCAGGCCACAUAUCAGACCACAUAUCAGACCACAUAUCAGACCACAUAUCAGACCACAUAUCAGACCACGUAUCAGGCCACAUAUCAGACCACAUAUCAGACCACAUAUCAGACCACAUAUCAGACCACAUAUCAGACCACAUAUCAGACCACAUAUCAGACCACGUAUCAGACCACGUAUCAGACCACGUAUCAGACCACGUAUCAGACCACAUAUCAGGCCACGUAUCAGGCCACGUAUCAGGCCACAUAUCAGACCACGUAUCAGACCACGUAUCAGACCACGUAUCAGACCACGUAUCAGGCCACAGAUCAGACCACGUAUCAGACCACGUAUCAGACCACAUAUCAGACCACAUAUCAGACCACAUAUCAGACCACAUAUCAGACCACAUAUCAGACCACAUAUCAGACCACUUAUCAGGCCACAUAUCAGACCACAGAUCAGACCACGUAUCAGAUCACGUAUCAGACCACAUAUCAGACCACAUAUCAGACCACAUAUCAGACCACAUAUCAGGCCACAUAUCAGGCCACAUAUCAGACCACAUAUCAGACCACAUAUCAGACCACAGUUCAGACAACGUAUCACUUUACAUCCGUUGUACAUUUUCUAUACGCUCUAUGCAUUUCAUCCUUUUUUUCACUGUAGCAUAUUUUGACUUUGACAAACCAACUCAUUUUCACCAGCAACGUGACAUGUGAAUGGGUGCUAGAGGCUACAGGAUCUGACAGCCAACAGUUCGUCAUACAGGUCGCUACACUUGAAGUAGAUUUUGAAGAAUCGUUUGCCCAAAGGUCAAAAUGUGCCGACUACUUGGAGGCCUUUCAAGGUUAACAUUUCAUUACAUCAUUUUCAAAAUAAAAUGUACAAGUCAAAGUCAAACGACAAAAAAAACAAAAAACAAAAACAAAACAGCAAACAACUAAAUGAUUGUGCCACAAAAAUGGUUACACAUAGAGAUAGCAAAAAUGAAAAAAAAAUUUAUGACAAAAGAUGAAAUGAAAUUUAAUUUUGAGUGCUUGAAACAUUAAUAUUAUAAAAUAUUAUUAUAUUAUUAUAUGGCUAAUGAAAAAAUUCAUGUUGAGUUUUGAUAAAAUGAGGUAAUAAGCAUUUCCUAUCCGAUCCUUUAAUAAUAACAUUAUACUAUACAAUAUUAAAUAUUGUAAUAAAUUUUAUUAAUCAAACAUUUUUUCCAAUUUGUUGAACACAAUUGGAAGGUGUACUUAGUGUACUUAGUAUGUAUUUUGUAGUAAAUGUUGUCUGAAUUUCUAGGUUUUCCUGGGAACCUUGGUGAAAGUUCGGGUGUCUGGUGCCAAGGACAGAAGGUGGUUAAGGCAACAGGUCGCUUUUUAACACUAAGGUAG